AUGGUGAGCAGGAAAGCCAACCAAAACUCUCAUUUUCUUUUACUUGUUCUUGCUUUUGCCAUUUUAGGAGUUGCUCAUGGCGAGUACUUGAUUGGGUUGGGAAGUUAUGACAUGACUGGCCCUGCAGCUCAGGUUAACAUGAUGGGUUAUGCUAAUAUGGAUCAGAACAGUGCUGGUGUACAUUUCAGGUUAAGGGCUAGGACUUUUAUAGUGGCUGAUCCGAGUGACCAGAGAUCGAGGUUUGCUUUUGUCAAUCUUGAUGCUGGGAUGGCUUCACAGCUUGUCACUAUUAAAGUACUUGAGAGACUAAGAUCAAGGUAUGGAACUCUGUACAAGGAAGAAAAUUUGGCCAUCAGUGGCAUUCAUACUCAUGCCGGGCCUGGAGGGUAUUUGCAAUAUCUACUUUACCAUGUUACUUCUCUAGGUUUUGUCCAGCAAUCAUUUGAUCCCCUUGUCAAUGCAAUUGAGCAAAGCAUAGUUCAAGCUCACCAAAAUUUGAAGCCUGGUUCAAUUUUCAUUAACUCAGGGGACGUGGAAAAUGCUGGAAUAAAUAGGAGUCCAAGUGCAUAUCUAUUUAACCCAGCAGAGGAAAGAGCACGAUAUCCAGCCAACGUUGAUAAGGAAAUGACCCUUUUGAAAUUUGUGGAUGGUGCCAGUGUUAAGAGCAUAGGAGCAUUCAGCUGGUAUGCUACUCACGGGACCUCAAUGUCCAGAGACAAUAAACUCAUUAGCGGAGACAACAAGGGUGCUGCUGCUAGGUUUUUUGAAGACUGGUUCACUUCCUCCGAAUCUAACUCAUCAAGUAGCGUGCCCACAAGAUCAAGCAUAGGCAAAUUGAUCAAGAAAGCGAUAUCUAUUAAGGCUACAGGAGGAAAACCGUGCGAUAAUUCAACCAGCCGCAGCUUCAAGGUGAGGAAGAGUGAUGGGUCGCAAUUUGUAGGGGCAUUUUGCCAAUCAAAUGUUGGAGAUGUCAGCCCAAACGUGCUAGGAGCAUUUUGUACUGAUAGUGGAAAACCUUGUGACUUCAAUCACUCCUCAUGCCAUGGAGAUGUCACCCUUUGCAUAGGCCGUGGACCUGGAUACCCAGAUGAAAUAUUGAGCACAAAGAUCAUCGGAGAGAGGCAAUCCAACAAGGCUGUUGAUUUAUUCAUGUCUGCCACGAAGGAAUUGACUGGAAAAAUUGAUUAUCGCCACAUGUACCUAAACUUUAGUGGUCUUGUGGUGGAGAUUAACGGAGGCAGUAAAGUUAGGACUUGUCCGGCAGCUGUUGGUCCAGGUUUUGCUGCAGGAACCACUGAUGGGCCUGGCAUGUUUGGGUUUCAACAAGGGGAUACAGAGAUCAAUGAGCUUUGGAAACGAGUCAGAGAUCUUCUUAAAGAACCAAGCCAAUAUCAGGCGGACUGCCAAAAGCCCAAAGCUGUUUUACUCUCUUCAGGAGAAAUGUUUGAACCUUAUGCUUGGGCGCCAGCAAUUCUUCCUAUUCAAAUACUGAGGCUGGGGAAAUUGAUCAUACUUUCCGUGCCAGGAGAGUUCACAACAAUGGCUGGCCGGCGACUGAGGGAGGCAGUUAAGGAGACAUUGAUAAGUAAUGGAGGAGGAGAAUUUGAUGCCGAGACCCACAUCGUAAUAGCUGGCCUGACAAACACUUACUCUCAGUAUAUUGCAACUUUCGAAGAAUACGAGCAACAGAGAUACGAGGCUGCUUCAACACUCUAUGGUCCUCACACAUUAUUAGCAUACAUUCAACAAUUCAACCACUUAGCACUGGCAAUGGCAAAGGGAUGGGGUGUCCUUCAACCGAUAUCCUGGUCACCGCCAGAUCUUUCCUCGAAAGUACUCAGGCUCUUAGCUGAUCCAUUUAGAGACUCACUUCCAAAGGGUAAAAAGUUUGGUGACAUUAAUCAAGAUGUCAGGAAACCAGAAGGUGGCUCGUUCAAAACAGGGGAUAGACCGAGUGCCGUGUUUUGGAGUGCUAACCCAAGGAACGAUCUAUUAACAGAAGGCACGUUUGCGGUGGUAGAAAUGCUCCGAGGACAACAGUGGAUUCCAGUUUAUGAUGAUGAUGAUUUCUCUUUGUAUUUCAAGUGGAAAUUGGACAAUAGCAGCUCCUACACUAGCUUAGCAACCGUUGAAUGGGAGGUGCCAAAGGAGGCUAGCUCUGGAGUUUAUCGGCUAAGGCAUUUUGGGUCAUCUAAGAAAGAACAAGACGCUCCCAUUGAAUACUUCACUGGUACAUCUAGUGCAUUUACAGUGUCAUAA